AUGAGCAGCGUCACCUUGUCUCAUGGUUCGUAUGGCAUCGGCAUCAUUUGCGCUCUUGUGGAGGAGAAAGCGGGCAUGGAGAUGAUGCUCGACGAAGAGCACGAACCGCUAGAGCAAAAGUCUGGCGAUCAGAACAGUUACACCCUCGCUAGAAUUGGCAAGCACAAUGUUGUCAUCGCAUGCCUUCCUGGUGGUCAUCAAGGCAAGGCUGCCGCAGCAACAGGCGCUGUUCACAUGAUGUAUAGUUUCCCCAUUAAGCUCGGUCUGAUGGUCGGAAUCGGCGGAGGUGUACCCAGUCAGGUUCCCGCGAUCCGACUCGGCGAUGUGGUCGUGAGCAUGCCAGAAAGCACACACGGGGCAGUGGUGCAGUAUGAUCUGGGAAAGCUGGAAUCAGAUGGUUUCCGUCGCAAGGGACAUCCGGACAAGCCUCCGAAAGCUCUUCUAAGCGCACAAGGGGCACAGCAUGACCGGCUGUUCGGUUCGGAAGAGAUCCACCCCAGAGAUCAGCACACCUUUGACCACUGUGUAUCGGCCUUUCGAACCGUCCAGCGUGCUCGUCGCGAUGACAACACGCCUCAGGUCUUCUAUGGGACCAUCUUGUCGGGAGACCUGGUGAUGAAAAAUGGAGAAGAAAGAGACGGAAGAGCGGCAGCGGACAAGGCCAUGUGUUUCGAGAUGGAGGCGGCAGGCUUAGUGAACGACUUUCCUUGCUUGGUAGUCAGAGGCAUCUCGGACUACUCGGACUCACAUAAGAACGACAGAUGGCAGCCGUAUGCAGCGGCGACUGCGGCAGCAUAUGCGAAAGAGCUCUUGGGUGCUUUGAGUGUGCAGGAGGUCGAGAAGCUCGGGCCUGCAAUAACAACUAGAGACCGAGAGCCUGUCUUAAGAAAGCGGAGAAUGCUGAUAGGAAGACUUCUUGUGAUGACUGGCGCCUUCGAAGACCUGCGUAGCAUUACCCCCACUGAGGGGCUCGCCAGUGUCCUCGCCUAUCGUCUGAGGGUCAUCGAUGCUUGA